AUGACGAAGGGUACGACGUCUAUGGGUAAGCGUCACACUAAGACGCACACGAUUUGCCGUCGCUGCAACCGUCGUGCUUUCCACCGUCAGAAGAAGACUUGCGCUGCUUGCGGUUACCCGUCGGCCAAGACUCGCAACUACCAGUGGGGUCAGAAGGCUAUCCGCCGGAAGACCACUGGUUCUGGUCGCAUGCGUCACCUCAAGUCGGUGCCGCGCCGUGCUAAGAACGGUUUCCGCACUGGUACCGCCGUGGCUGCUUCGGCUUAA